AUGGAUGAGGCUCCUACGGAAAGUUUUGAGGACAAAAUGGUAAGGAUGUUUGGUGAGCUUAGGCAAGAAAUGGCCAACAUAAGUCAAGAGUGGAAACAAGACUUUAGGCAAGAAUUCUCCACUAUAAGGAAAGAUGUCUCCAAUUUUAGACAAGAGAGUCAUGCUUCAAUAAGGAACUUGGAAACACAAGUAGCUCAAAACUCCAAGGCAUUGGCCGAGAGAUCACAAGGAGAUGUCAUAGAGGAAGAAGAGCCUAAAGAAGAUGUUAAAGACAAAGAAGAAAACAUUGAGCUUGCAUAUGGUAAGACACUUGACCCUAUUAGUGUUAGCACUACUCUUGGUGAUAAAAUUUCUAAAUCUUGGGCCGACAUCAACUCUUCCAAUCCUUGUGAAAACAAUUCUUCCGUUUCUUUAAAAGAUAAUGAUGACCUUGAAUCUUUCACAUUUGAUGAUAAUGCUUUGAUUAAUGAGAAUGAUGAUAAAUUGCAUGAGAUGGUAUGUGGUGAUGAUGAUGUGCAUGAUGAUGCGAAUGUGUGUGAAUUGAAUGAUGUUGAGUUCUUGAAAUUCUUUGAUGAUUGUAUUGAUGAUGCUAUGUAUGUUCAUGAAUUUCUUGGAGAAGUUGAGGAGGAAAUGGAUGGAAGUGAAAGGGAUGUUUUGUUGAAUAGUGAUGAAGAGAGGGAGAAUGAGAAACGAGAAAUAAUGGUAGAAGGGGUUGAAAAUGAGAAUGAUGUUCUUGAGUCUUUUACUUUUGGUGAUGAAUCUUUGUCAAAUGAGCUUGCUAAUGAUUUGCAUGAGAUGCUUUGUGGUGAUGAUGAUAUGAAUAUCGAGGUUAGCUUGUGUGAUCUAAUUGAUAUUGAAUUGGUGAACUUCCAUGAUAAUUGCCUUAAUGAUGCUUUAUAUAUUCAUGAUUUGAUUGGUAAAGAUCGGAGUGAAGAGAGUAUGACUAUAGAAAAGGAAAAUGAAGAAGAAAAUUUUGAAAAUGAGAAGGUGUUGACAUAUGGAUCUUCACAAGAAGAAUACCAACCAAGAAGGCAACCAUCAAUACCUCAAUAUGAUGAUAAGGCAUAUGAUGUGUAUGAUGAUCCACCACCAAGGCAAAUAUCAAGAACUCAAUAUGAUGAUAGAGAAUAUGGUGAUUACCACUACUCAAGAAGAGCCCCACCACUACCUCAAAGCUAUGAUUCAAAAUCUUACCAAUCUACCCACUAUGACGAGGAUGAUGACUACCCUCAACAAAGAGGAUUCUCUAAUUCUCAAUCCUACGACUCUUACCCAUCCCAAUCCUACUCUCCACAAUCUUACACUCAAAACACACCUCUACCCAAAAAGAAAUCUAUUAUCGAGCACAUGUAUGACCAUUGGUUGAAACCCAAGCCAAGAGACCCAAAUGACCGCUUCAAGACCAUUGAGGAACACAUGUUUGAAGAUAUGAAUCGACAAGUACAAGCACCAUAG